AUGCGAUUCCUCGGCUCUUGUUUCUCCGGAAAGUCCUCCAGAGACAGAUCUGAAGAGGCAACGCCACCCGCAAGGACCGUCAGCACCGAGUACUCGGAAAAGUCUACAGAAUAUCCACCUCCACUGAGCCCUGUUCCCGGAUAUUCUCAUCGAGAUGACUGGGAUAAUCGAUCGGCACCUUACGAAGGGAACCGACAGCCGAAUUCAACGACGUUCACAUGGCCGAACGGAGUCGAAGUGACCGUCAACAUGCCGCCUGGAUUUGACGGUCACUGCUCCAUCAAGGUCAGGGACGACCAUGACGAGGGCGACUCUCUUUACGACGACUAUCCCGGUCGAAGCGGUCGCUCUCGAGACAAUCGUAUGCUCCAGAACGACCAUGGUGACUAUUUCCACCGAGGCGAUCGUUCCGACGUUCGUUAUGAGCCCAACUACGUCUCGGAGUUCAUCGCAAAGUGGGAAAAGAUCCCCGAGUCCAACGACACAGCCCGCAAAGACCUCAUUGAGCAUUACUUGAGGUUGACGUUCGGGGAAGACCAAACGGCAGACGGUCUGCUGGAGAUUUACGAAACUGGUCGAAUCGCAAUGCUAUGCUGUGUUUUCGAGGGCGCAAGCUCCCAACUGCCUCCUGAUCAUGUCUUGCCUUUGGAGUUCUCCUACAACAAUCUUCCUGAACAGAUGACUGCCAAACAGCGGCGAAUUAUGAACCUGAUCGAAAGCCAAGACGGAGAAGGUGACGCAUCGUUUGCGCUUCAACCCGUUGUGAAAUCCUGCCCCGAGGACCCUGGCAAGGUUCGGCAGAUUGGUUUCAGGUAUACCCAGCGCCAAAUUCUGAAAGUCAAGACAGACUCGUUGAACAGUAGACGGCAUUUCGCCUCCGGGAUCGCUGGAAAAGAUCUCGAUAUGAAACACACAGCACAACUCUUUGCAUCGCUUCUGUUGUUGUCCAUCCCGUCCAUCCCGUCCAUCCCGUCCAUCCCGACCCUCUUCUGAUUUCUAAAUGAUGUUCCAGAAUUUCAUCGCAGGUGAUACAGAUACCGCGGAUGCAGACUGAAACGCUUUCCAAUAUCCCUAGAACGAUGAGCGUCUUCACUGCACGUCGUUCAGAACUGCCGGAGAAUCGUCGGACAGACGUAAGAAAUACCAUACAAGAGCUCCCAUGCAAUGAAAGAAGGAUACUGCAGACUACCGAUUAAAUGCCUAUACAACCGUCGACCUUGAAACCCCCGUAUCACAAUCCUA